AUGAAACGUCAGGGCGCCCAGCAAAGAGCAACCCCGACCUCCCUGGAGCAGCCACGUCUGCUAGACCAGCGCCAGCAACAAAAGGACAACUCCAUGAGACUUGAGGUGGGUAACUACCACAAUCUGCCCAUGGCUCCACAGACCGUGCCUUCGGCUGCUCCGCAUUUCAACCAGUCCCGCCACAACUCGCAAGCGUUUCUUUUCAACCCAGGCCGCCAGGACCUGAUGCUGACGCUUUUGAACCUGUACCCACUUCCCAAUACCCAGCAGCCCCAGGGUCAGGGCAAACGGCAGGAUCUGAGCUUCCCAAGCUACUACAUGGGGCUGCGUGACUCCUUGAGCGGCGCUGCGGGUCUCCCGCCUGAAAGCGGGCCGCCUGGACGCCUCAGAGGCGAUUCCAUCUUUCUUCCUCCUCCGGUGAGUUCCAAGCAUCCUUCUGAAGACGGGCUGGGCCAGCAGAACGCCCAGGCUCAGUACCAGCAGCAGUUCCCAGGGCAGCUGCGCUCCAACAGCAUUUUCAGCUCGUUGAUCCAGAUCCCAGGGUCGUCGCUGAAUCUGGUGCUGGAGCCAUCCAAAGGUGGAAACCAGGGCACCGCAAGCCCGAAAAAGAAGCAGCAGGAGGAAUUUCCCACGUACGAUUCCAAGGACUCCAUUGGCCAGAUGUUUGGGUGGUCUCAGACGCCGUCCAAGCUGAACAAGGGCUCGAAGCUCUCGUUUGACAUUCUGAAUGCAUUCCUAGAGAACUCGGGCCUCCUGGGCUCCAUUGCGGGUGUUUCCAACGACAGCAUCAACGCCUUUUUGGCAAACUUGCAAAGCAGCGGCUCUGUCGACUUCAAUAGCAUGAGCGACCAGCAACGGCGUGAUUCGCUUAUCAAGUUCAUCAACGAUCAGCAGCAUGUCGAGCAGCCCAGGAAAACGUCUCUGCGGACAACUUUAAGGGAAGACAUUUUCGACAAACUGAGAGGCAGCUCCACGCUGCGUUCCGGUGGUCAGCGCAAGUCGAGUCUAGGCAUGUCUGACCAACGGCUUUCCCCACUGUCGUCCAUGUCGUCCAAGCUGUCACAUCGCUACCAGGACGAACCCCAUUCACCCAAAACGUCGCCUAGCCAAGUGAAACGUACCUUAGACCCGCAGGAGACUCUUGCUCCUCCCCAUCAACACUAUCCUUCCACAGCCCAUCCAGCAUCCAUCCAGAAGCCUUCGAACAACAACUUCUACCAAAAUGCUUAUCAACAGUAUCCCGUCUACGACAAUAACGUGCGCUAUCCAGUGCAGCAGAAGCAGCAACAAGAACCCCCUCCAUCUCAGAGAAACAUGAAUCCUCAGGUUCAGCAGUACCACCAGAGCCAAAUGCCCAUGUAUAAUCAGUUCCAGCAACCACAACAGCUUCCUCCACAGUCUCAGCAGCAUCUACCGAACCAGCAACAACAUCCCCAGCAAGAUCAACACCAGCAAAACCAGGGCUUUGAUGUCCAGGGAACUCCAGCCUAUUCUCCUCAGAUGCUCAAAAACCCUCCCCAGCAGUUCUCUCCUGGUAAAAACUACGCCUACGGCAACAUGCAAAACCAGAGAGAUGCUUAUGCUGUACAGCAACAAGCUACGAAUCCGAACUUGUUGCCUGCCCAGCAAUUUGCCAGAUCUGAGGAUGGAAGACCGUUAUUGGGAGCCACCAAGGUUGACCAGCUUAUGCUUGUGAUUCAAGCCAGAGAGAAGGGAAACACUGGAGCGAUCAAACAGGCUGCUGACGGAAGCAUUCUUGCUCUGCCAAACUCCAACCAUGAAAAGAGCGCUGUGAUACCGCUGACGGUGGAUUUGGUUGGUGGUAUUGAAAAACCUCAGCGUGAAGACGAAGAACAGCCUGAAGGCCCAGAACGUAAGAAGAAGCGCAAGGGCAAGACGCAACAAUGCCCUUACUGUUUCAAGACUUUCAACCAGUCCACACACUUGGAGGUUCAUGUGCGUUCUCACAUUGGAUACAAGCCGUUCCAGUGCUCCUACUGUCUCAAGAGAUUCACUCAGGGCGGUAACUUGAGAACACACAUGCGGCUUCAUACUGGAGAGAAACCAUUUACGUGCGAGGUUUGCAACCGUUCGUUCAGCAGAAAAGGAAACCUUGCCGCUCACAUGUUGACUCACAAUAAGGAGAAACCUUACGAGUGCAAGCUUGACAAUUGCGACAAGUCGUUCACCCAGCUUGGUAACUUGAAGUCGCAUCAGAACAAGUUCCACUUGCCCACGUUGAACCGGUUGACGCAAACUCUCGCUGAACUCAGUGGUGAGGCCUUGGAACGUUUACCACCUGAAGAGAAAGAGCUCCUCAGCUACUUCCGCAAGCUCUACAAGAACCUGAACAAGGGCAUUCGUGGGCGUGGUCGUGGCGGUAAAGGAGCUCUUGACGAUGACGCCAUUUCUGGCGAAUCCAGUGUGCAGCUGAGUCCUCAGCAGUUGAAGCUUCCCAGGGCAGACGGGCAGAUGCAGAUGUCACAGCAAGAGCUCAACACCCUGCACAGAAACCACAUCAAGCAGCCUGAUCCUACUACUGAGCUCCAAAAGACCCCGCCAAUUUCCACCAUGCUGAGUCUCUACAAACUCUCAAUCUCGGGAAUACGAUCCUUUUCUCCGAAAGACAACGAAAUCAUCCAGUUUGGCGCGCCGCUCACGCUUAUAUGUGGUCAAAACGGCUGUGGAAAAACCACCGUGAUCGAAUGCCUAAAAUACGCUACUACAGGCGAUUUGCCACCCAAUUCCAAAGGAGGCGCGUUUGUGAACGACCCUGCUGUUGCAGACAGGCUGAUGGUGAAUGCCGAGAUCAAAUUGGGCUUCAUUUCGGUGGAUAAUAAGCUGAUGACGGUGACUCGAAGUAUGCAGUUGACCAGGAAACGAACAGGACGCCUGACGACUUCCACAAACACGUUCAAGACUCUUGAAGGUCAAUUGGCUGUUCACGCCAAGGGCCGCAAAACGUCGAUAUCCACCAAAAACGCAGAAUUGGACACCAGAGUUCCUCAGUACUUGGGUGCAUCCAAGGCUGUUCUAGAAUACGUGAUUUUCUGCCACCAGGAGGACAGCUUGUGGCCAUUGAGCGAGGCCAGUGUGUUGAAGAAGCGGUUCGACGAGAUUUUCGAGGCGUCCAAAUUCACAAAGGUGUUGGACAACUUGAAGGUGAUCACCAAGGAAAUGGCUACCGAUAUCAAAUUGCUAGAACAGAGCGUGCUGCACGCCAAUUUGGAUAAAAAGAGGGCAGGAAAGAUCAGGGAUAAGGUUUCGGAAAGCAGAGCCAAGGUGGAGCAGUACAAUGCUGAGAUUGCCGAGCUCAAUAUGGAAAUCGAGGCCUUGGAGAAACAGGCAGACGACCUUUUUCACUCAAAUCAGCUGUUUCAGAAGACCCUUUCGGAGCAUGAGCGGCUCAAAAUAAUGUACGAAACGACGGAAAACAACCAUCGCCGUUUGGGCCUGUCGAUUGAGGUUUUGCGGGAAACUGAUGAGGAAUUGAGUCACCAGUUGUCCAAUUUUGCGCUGAUACAGCAGCAGAAGUCCGAGGAUGUGGAAGAAAAAGAGCUUUUGGUGGUCGAUCUCGAUGCCCAGCUGCUGGCGUUGCAAGAAAGCCUCUCCAAAUUGACCAGAGACGAGGGUAUUUUGUUCAGCAAGAAAGAGGCCUACGAGGAGCGCAAAAAGAGGUUUUUGGAAAGUCUGCAGCAGCUCAGGGAGAAGUAUGGACUUGGUGAUGCUCUAAUAGAAGAUCUCAAGGCGCUUGUGCUUCAAACAGAGGACCAAUACAACAGGUUGGUGAAUGCUAAUAAGCAGCAGAUUGAGGAGGCAACGUCCAAGGUCAAGGAAGCCGAAAAAGUGCUUUCUCGUGAAGAACAGCAUAAAAGCUACAACGCAGAAGAGAUCAAAAACACAAAAGCCAAGCUCAAGGAGUAUCAUGCCAAGGUAAGCUCUUCUGCUGCUAGUGAGGAUAACCUUACCAUCGAAAGUGCCGAGCUCGACUCGCUUCAAAAGAAGUUGGCCAAGAAGAAGGAAGGCGAUAAUACAAAGGCGCUUUCAAAGAGCAUACAGCAGGAUACCGAGAAGCUCCAUGUUUUGGAGAAUGACCUUGAUGAUCUUAUGAGGAAGAUCACUACUGCAAACAAACAAGCAGAUCUAUUCAGCAAGUUAGAUUUGCUCAAGGAUGCUGUAACCGUUAAAAACGACGUGCUUCAAAAAAAUCUUUCGCUGAACCAAGACAGCUUUCAGAAGGUUACAGGCAAGGAGUUAGCUGAUUCUGGAGAAGCCGCUCUUGACGACAUUUUGGUGAAUCUCAACACUAAGGAGAAGGACCAGAUGGAUUCAAGCAAAGCCUUGGUGUCGAAGCUAGACAAGCUCAAGGCUAAUAACGAUUCUGAUAGUGUCGCCUUAAAGAAAAUUGAGGAUGCUCUCUCCUCGCAUACGGCCAAUAUACUCAAGGUGAUUGAGAAGAACGAGAUUGACCAGUUUGAAGAAUUGGUCCAGGAAGCCGAGGAGGACUAUAAUACCGCCACCUACAAUUUGAACACCUUUGACGUCACCAAAAGCUUCAAAGUCAAAGCCAUUGAAAUCGCCAAACAGUCCAAGUGCUGUACGCUUUGCAACAGAGGCUUUUCAAACUCCGAGCUUGAUACGUUUAUUCUGGAAGUGCAGCAAAACCUCAAUAAUGUGACUGCUAAGAAGCUACAAGAGGAUGUGGAUUCCACCAAGAAGGAUGUGGACCAGAUGAAGGCGAUCAACUAUGAUGUUUUGCAAUAUCGCUCUUUGACGAAAGAGGUUUCCAACUACAAGCUGCUGAUCCAGAAAAGAGUCGAGGAAAUACAACAGCUUCAGAAGGAGUAUGAUGUUUUGGAGAACAGCCUUGAAGAAACCAAGAACUCUCUCAAUGAAGCAAACAGGCUUAAACAGCCGCUCAGCAACAUCACGAGAUUAAAAGAUGAGAUCAACCAUUCCAAGAAGCAGAUUGAGGAUGUUCAGCUGGAGCUUGAUGCAAGUGGCGCUUCUUCGAUGUCCAUGAAUGAACUUCAAAAGUUGCAGCAGGAAAAGAAUUUUGAACUCAAGAGAUUGCGCCAGAGCAUUGCAGAUGCAACAGAUGAAAGAGAUUCGCUCCAGAAGGAGCUUUCCAGAAUUGAAGGGCAGAUCAAGGACAAGGAGCUUCUGAUCAGUAACUUGAAGAAUUCCAUGAAUGAGCUUGUCACUUUGCGGAGUACCAUUGACGAGACAGAAAAGCAUCUCGUUUCUUUGCAGGAGAAGCAGAAAUCGAUCGAGGGAAAUGUCAAGGAGUACGAGCUGAAGUUGGCUGAUGUUUCCAAAGCUUUUGACACUUUGAAGGAACAACUUUCGAAGGAGGAAUCGGCUUUGCAUGAAAAGCUCCAGAAGUGCCAGCAGGAUGAAGCAGAGUUGCGUGAUCUUUCACAACACAUCGCCGCUUUCGAGGAGCAGGAUCUCCAUAAAGUGAAGGAGAACCAGCGUCAAAUCAGCGAAGCAAGGGCCAAGAUCCAGGAGAUCACCAAUUCCAGAAAAGCGUUGGAUAAGGAGAUGACGGCCUUGAAGAGUGCCCUCAACGACGCCGCUAAAACGAAACGUAACAUUGAAGACAACAUCGAGUACAGAAACACAGAACAAGAGCUCGACUCCAUCAGAGCCCAGAUUGAACAGCUCGAUGUUUCCAAUGCUGAAGUCGAAAAAGAGACCUACCAAGCUGCAUCUAAGAAACUUCGUGAUCAGAUCAACGAUCUCAACAGCCAGCAUUUUGGAAAAGCCGGUGAAGUGAAGCAGAUCAAUGACCAGAUUCAGCAGCUUCAACAGGAGCUCAAUCUGGAGUUCAAGGACGUGGAGAAGAUGUACCACAAGGAGUGGAUCAAGCUUCAGACAAAUAUGCUUGUUUCCAAGGAUCUCCAGACCUAUUCUCUGGCUCUCGACAACGCCAUCAUGAAGUACCACAGCAUGAAGAUGGACCAGAUCAACAAGAUCUUGAGAGAACUCUGGAACCAGACUUACAAGGGCACUGAUAUCGACCGAAUUGAGAUCAAGUGCGAUGUGAAUACACUGGGAAGAGGCCGUUCGUACAACUACCGUGUGGUGAUGUACAAGAAAAGCUCGGAGUUGGAUAUGAGAGGAAGGUGUUCUGCCGGUCAGAAGGUUUUGACCAGUAUCUUGAUUCGUUUGGCUUUGGCGGAGUGUUUUGGAACAAACUGCGGUAUGAUUGCCUUGGACGAGCCUACGACGAAUUUGGAUACAGAAAAUGCCGAAUCGCUAGCCACGGCGUUGAAUUCCAUCAUUGAUGCCCGGAAAAACCAGAAAAACUUUCAGCUCAUUGUUAUCACACACGACGAGAAGUUCUUGAGCCACAUCAACGGCGAAAGCUACAUUGACAACUUCUACCGAAUCGAGCGUGACGAAAACCAGUAUUCUGUGAUAAAGAGCUUGCCCAUUCAUCUCAUGCAAGAUGAGUAA